AAACACUAGCGGUGGUAAAAGUUGUGGUUGCUGCUGCGUCCUUUGGGUUGGGCAGAUUCCCAGCCAAAAUGCUUUUAAUAACCACCCGCAGCCCCCGCGACCCUCACACCAAAGACCAAGCAACCGAACAUUUUACACUCAGCCAAAGCUAAGCCAUGGCUUUCGUCUCGGAGGCACCCGCAGCAGCGAGGAAGCUUCUACUACCGAGCGGCGCAGCCAUGGCGCGAACCCUUGGCGACGCCGGCCUCGGCUUCGACAUGGACGGCGCCGGCCACUUCUUCUCGCCCCUGUGGGAGCUCAUAAAGGCGAAGUUCGCCGAGCUCGCAGCCUUCUUCACCAGCCUCCUCGCCGCGCUCGCCAAGAAGGCGGACGAGCUGUUCCCGCCGGAGACCCGCUCGGAGACGCUCGGGCACUGGCUGCGCGUCGGGAUCACCGUGGUGCUCCCGGCCCUGGUGCUGUUCUGCCUCGCCCGGUGCUGCUGGCGCUGCUGCUGCGCCCGCGGGCGCGGCGGGCGCACGAUGGUCGCCCCCGGCCGCCGAGGGGCGCGCAUGCCGCGCGGCGCGUUCGAGGCUAAUCCUCGCGGCUACUUCCGCGAUCUCCGUGCAAACAAGCCCCUUGUGUUCGUGCACUAAUGGCGCCGCGCGCGCCGGCGGAAGACGUCCCGCAUGCCGCAGCUACUUCAGCAAGUCGGCACAUAUAUUCGUGUCCUGCUGUGUAUGUGUACGCGUAUUAUUCUGUCGUAGGAUUUGUGUACGUACCAGUACUGUUUUAUAUGCAUGCAUAUGAGGACAGAGAUUUGGUGCA